GGACCUUCCGCCGCGCCGCCGGAAGUGCUCUCCUGACCCGCCGCGCUUCGCCGCGGGAAGAUGGCGCAGGACGCCGGCGACAUGGAAGAUGGGCAGCUUUCCGACUCGGAUUCCGACAUGACGGUCGCACCCUGCGACAGGCCGCUUCAGGUGCCGAAAACGUUAGGUGGGGACAGCACAGUGAGGCCCUUUCAGGGCACUGCAACACCAUGUGCGCCAGUAUCACAUUAUCGGACUGUUAAAAAUGUGGAUUCAAGUGAAGAGAGUUUUUCUGAUUCAGAUGAUGAUAGCUCCCUUUGGAAACGCAAGCGACAGAAAUGUUUCAACCCUCCUUCGAAGCCAGAUCCUUUUCAUUUUGGCCAGAGCAGCCAGAAACCACCUGUUCCUGGAGCAAAGAAAGUUAACAACAUAUGGGGUGCUGUGCUUCAAGAACAGAAUCAAGAUGCAGUGGCCACUGAACUUGGUAUCUUGGGAAUGGAGGGUACUAUUGACAAAAGCAGACAAUCCGAGACUUACAAUUAUUUACUUGCUAAGAAACUGAAGAGGGAAUCCCAAGAACAUACAAAAGAAUUAGACAAAGAGCUAGAUGAAUAUAUGCAUGGUAGCAAAAAAAUGGGAUCAAAGGAAGAGGAAAAUGGGCAAGGUCAUCUCAAACGGAAACGACCUGUCAAAGACAGACUGGGGGACAGACUAGAAAUGAACUAUAAAGGCCGGUAUGAGAUCACAGAGGACGAUUCGCAAGAGAAAGUGGCUGAUGAAAUUUCUUUCAGGUUGCAGGAACCAAAGAAAGAUCUGAUCGCGCGAGUAGUGAGGAUAAUUGGCAACAAAAAGGCAAUUGAACUUCUGAUGGAAACUGCUGAAGUUGAACAAAAUGGUGGCCUUUUUAUAAUGAAUGGUAGUCGAAGAAGAACACCAGGUGGAGUUUUCCUGAAUCUCCUGAAAAAUACUCCUAGUAUCAGCGAAGAACAAAUUAAGGACAUUUUCUACGUUGAAAAUCAAAAGGAGUAUGAAAAUAAAAAGGCUGCUAGAAAGAGGAGAACACAAGUGUUGGGAAAAAAGAUGAAACAAGCAAUUAAAAAUCUAAAUUUUCAAGAAGAUGACGAUACAUCACGAGAAACUUUUGCAAGUGAUACGAACGAGGCUCUGGCCUCUCUUGAUGAGCCGCAGGAAGGCCACGGAGAGACAAAGCUGGACGCAGAGGAAGCCAUCGAGGUUGAUCAUUCGCACGAUUUGGACAUCUUUUAGUACAUUUGGAAGAAUAAGCCUUUUUAGAAUAACCUUGUAAUAAGCCAUUUCUACUGAAGUUGCUUUGUUUUACUUUGCACUGAUACACAUAAAAAUCUGGAGAGAAAGAACUGUUUUCUUGUUUAAAAUAAAGUUGAAUCUGUAGGGAGAUGAAUGUUAUUGAUAGAAACAUUUCUCAUGUCUGAAAAAAUACUUGUAAGUAUAUAUAGCAGAGGAUUUAAUUUCUCAAUCUGUUGCAUGUGUUACUUCUUACUAGUUGAUAAUUACUUUUGUCCAGAUCAUUGUAACAUGCCAUUCAAAAAUUUGUUUUCUUUUUCUGAUUUAACCUUGCAGCAAAUUAUGAUUGGUUUCAAAACAUUCCAUUAAAAGCUCCUAAUAAGGCACAUAAAUCAGUAAGCUAUUGCAGAUGCAUUCAAAUUUAGUUUUUCUGUGUUUUAAGAACUUUUAGGCAGUUUUAAGGACAGAGACUAAAAGUAGGUUUAUACUGAUGGCUCUUUACCACUUAUUUGUCCGGAAGUAAAUUAACAUCAGAAGCUUUUCAAAGAAGUACUGGUUCUUAACUUUAGUUUCAUUUUUUACUUCUUUUUAAUUACUUGCUCAUACACUAAAUACUGAAUGUGAUCCAUAUCUGUGUAAUUACUAUGGACAUUUAAAAAAUUCACAGUGGUUGCCUGCCUAAGACUGUUUACCUUAUGUUAAGGAAGUUGGGUAUUAAAAAUGUUACAUCUGCCUGAAAUGUCAAGUUAUUCUUUUUUUUUUGAAGGAAAUAAGGGUAGUUAAGGUGUUCUAAGAGUUGACUAUAGUUUACAAAAUAAAUUAAGCAAAAAUCUGUAGGAAGCAAUUAUAAACUAUUCUUUACAGACAAUAGAGUCUUUCUGUAGUUCCUGGAAUACAUAGUCAUUGAAGUUGGAACUAAGGAUGUAAGUGAGAAAAGAAGAGGAAAAUGGUUAUUGGUUGCUUUUUAUUCGUAAAGAAUGCAAAAAUAAAAUUAGAUUAUGGGCAGUCCUUAA